GAGAGAGAGAGAGAGAGAGAGAGAGACAGGGGGGAGAGAGAGAGACAGAGAGAGAGGGCGCGAUAACAGCGUUUGUCCUUCUUGGACUCAGUUUUCUGACCGGCUGACGGGCUGAACGAGCAACGGACGAACAAACUUGAGACAUCACGCAGGGAUCCGACAUUACAAGGGACUGUGAAAUGUAAAUGGGAGAACUCUUGUGUGGCACGCGGCUCAUGUACACAAGUCCAAUCGGAGUGGGAUUCAAAGUGAAGGGUGUUCAGACCUCCUUGGGAAACUGAAUGAGACGCUUCGCAAGACGAGCGGGAAAAAAACAGCGGAGGGAGGCUUUGGUGAGAUAGAGGAAGACACAAGGAGAAAGAAGAGAGAGAGAGAGAGAGAGAGAGACGGAGUGACUGACACCUGCCCUCCAGGUCUGUGUGAAGGGCAAAGCAUGGGGGAGUGAGAGGAGGGACGUGAAAAGGGAAAGGAGAAUGAAGACAACUGGAAAACAAGGCCUGCCUCACAGCCAAGCUCACUCAAAUUAGGACACCUCGCAGCAAGACAAGAUGAUUACAAGAAAUCUGCUCCUACUGGUUUCCCUUUGCCUGUGGGGGGGGCUUGUGGGAGGUGCCUUGGCCAGUAAGACCUUACGUAGGAGAGGAGUGGGCGGAUCACACGUAGUGAAGCUAGCGGACAGCAGAGCUACGGACCAAUGGGAUGCAAGCGUGGAUGCUAAUUCGAUGCCUGUGGUGACUCUUAGAAACUUGAUCAGUCACGAGCAGGCAGGUGACUCUGGAUCUUUCUCUUAUUCCAAAAUGUUGCAAAGUCAUGCUGCUCCACAAAUAGCCAGCAAGGAGAGGCAAGCUUUUAAACCCAAGCGUGAGGUUGACUCAGUCAGUAAAAAAGAAGGGACUCUACACAUAUUAGCCAACAACAAGGAGUUAAACCAGGAUGUGAAGAAAGUUAGGAACAACACCAAGAACUCUGAGACCUUUGCCAAAACAGGAAGGUCAGAGAAAAUAUUUGCUAUCCAUCAUAAGCCAGAUGGACACAGCAAUAGAACCAGGUCUAAGUCAGGGUCCAGAUCCAGAAGUAGAAGUGAUAUGAGUGUCCAUACUACAGGGGUGCCAGGGAAAGGAUUCAGCGUGGACUCGAGCAGAAAGUUGAACCUCACUGGCAGUUAUGGCGUCCUGAAGCUGCUGUCGAAGGAGAACUUAGUCAGGAUUGUCAACUCCCAAAUGCAGAACGUCCCCGUCCUGAGCUUUCCGAGCAAGGGCAGUCGGAGCAGGAAGAGAGAUUUGAUUGACGUUAAUCACGGACAGUUAGAGGCUCAGAGAGUGCAGAGACAAGAUAUAGCUGUCACUCAGUUUCAAACUGGAUUUGAUAAUCAGACUGCAUAUCCGUAUGUAAGCCCUGUCCCCACUCCAGAUCUUAAUCAGGACCAGGGCGCCAACACUCAUAAUAAUCCUCUAAGUGCAGUCAAUCCAGCUUCAAGUAAAGGGCAUGGUUCUGAUAGUGGAGAUAAUAAGAGCAAACACCUCGCCCGCUUACUGUCAACACCUCGCAGCGAGGUCAGUCUCAGCCCCGAGAAAGAAAUAAUAGGCAACCAAACGGAGCCACCAUUUACAUCGACAAAACAUUUCCCACUGUUCGCUCCCUCUGAAACAAAUGAUUCUCCGCCGUCUGUGCUGACAAUGCAACCCCUGGGAGUAAGAGCGGAGAACAGAGCAGCAGAUUCCCAUGGAGACCCAUUAACAGAGUCAGCUCACUCUGCUCAAACAGAAGCCAGCACAGCUCAGUACCCUGCAGAUGAAGACAACAAACUUGUCAACAGCAGUCAUGUCCUGAGGCUUCAUCCGGCUCCCGAAUGGAGCCGCGAUGUAGAAGGCGUUGGGGUGCCAGCUGUCGAGCCAGAGAAUGGGAAAGGCCUCGUGUUUGAAGAAGCAGAGGAGUCGGAGUCGGUGGACGAGGAGAUGGCUGACCGGAUGGAAAAGAAGGGGCCGCGCUCUCGCAGCAGGAGGAGCUGGAUCUGGAACCAGUUCUUUGUGAUUGAGGAGUAUGCCGGGCCUGAACCUGUGCUCAUUGGACGGCUCCACACCGACAUGGACAGGAAUGAUGGACGCACUAAGUAUGUCCUGCGAGGCGAGGGGGCGGGCUCGGUCUUUGUGAUCGACGAGAAGACGGGAAACAUCCACGUCACCAAGCCACUGGACCGUGAGGAGAAGGACGAGUACCGUCUCGUCGCCACGGCCACCGACAGGCAGACGGACCGGGCCCUGGAGCCCUCGUCACAGUUCAUAAUUCGGGUGCAGGACAUCAACGACAACCCGCCUAUCUUUGAUGAAGGCCCCUACAGCGCCACUGUGCCUGAGAUGGCAAAUAUAGGCACGUCCAUAAUCCAGGUGACAGCGACAGAUGCUGAUGACCCGACUUACGGGAACAGCGCCAAGCUCGUGUACACACUGGUGCAGGGCCAGCAGUACUUCUCAGUGGAUCCCCAGACAGGUAUUCUGCGUACAGCUGUGCCCGACAUGGACAGGGAGACCCAGGACCAGUACCUGGUGAUACUUCAGGCCAAAGACAUGGGGGGCCACUUGGGCGGAUUAUCCGGGACCACCACUGUCACUGUGAGGCUGUCUGACGUCAACGACAAUCCUCCACGCUUCACUCAGAGUAUGUGGUCCUUCUCUGUUUCUGAGCUGGCCAUCCCCGGGGCGGAGAUAGGCCGUAUCUCGGCAACCGAUGCUGAUCUCGGAGAGAACGCCAGGCUGGACUAUACCAUCCUGGAGGGGGAAACGGGGGACACGUUCAACAUCACGGGGGUGAACCAGGAGGCGGUCAUCACGCUCAACAAGCCUGUAGACUACGAGAGCCGGAGCUCCUACUCCUUCUCCGUGGAGGUCCUUAACCCCAUAGUGGACCCUCGCUUCCUGCGUCGAGGCCCCUUUAAGGACCGGGCGUCCAUCAGAGUAGCAGUGCUGGAUGCAGACGAGCCUCCGAGGUUCUCACGAGCUCGAUACCACAUGGACGUGUCUGAAAACUGCCCGCCAGCCUGCACUGUGGGCAGGGUCAGCGCUGUGGACCCAGAUACUGGACUUACCAAUAACAUCAGGUUCUCUAUUGAUCCUCAGUCAGACCCAGAGGCUCUGUUUCGUAUCACUCCAGACACCGGCCUCAUCACCACCGCCUCAGAGUUGGACCGGGAGCGCGAGCAUUGGCAUAACAUUACUGUCAUCGCCACGCAGAGAGACAAUCCCAACCAGGUGUCCAGAGUUGUGGUUGCAAUAGAGACGUUAGACCUGAAUGACAAUGCACCGGAGCUGGACAGGCAAUACACAACGGCCUUGUGUGACUCCUCAUCCAUCGGACAGGUGGUGCAGGUGUUGCGGGCAAUUGAUAGAGAUGAGGGAGGGAAUGACAGCACCGUGUAUUUCAGCAUCCCUCCGGAGUCCAGCGUUGCUCUCAACUUCAGCGUCAGGGACAGCGGGGGCCCCACAGCCAGCCUGGUCCUGCUGUCCCAGCUCCAGCCCCUGUCUCGCUCCGCGUACUCCACCCUGACGCUCUACGUUCCGCUGGUCCUGAGGGACGGGACAUCAGGCCUCAUCAGCAGCGGGACGGUCACGGUCUCCGUAUGUCCCUGCCUGAGAGGAGGGGCGCGAGCCGGGGAGAAAGAGAAGGACAAACAGGCUGAGGGCGAGUGGGACUGGGAACGUGAGGCGGUGUGUCUCCCUCAGCAGUCAACGCUGCCCUCCCCUGGGCUCAGUACUGCCGCCCUGCUGGCUAUUCUGGCAUGUGUUGCUACACUGUUAGCGGUGAGUGCCCUGUCAUUGUCCCUGCGCCGUCAGAAGCGUGACUCCCUGUCGCCGCUGGAGGAGGACGACGUACGCGAGAACAUCAUAACCUAUGAUGAUGAGGGUGGGGGCGAGGCCGACACUGCUGCCUUUGACAUUGCCGCACUCCAGAGUGCUCCACACAGCUCCCGCUCACGGGGCUAUCGCACACUGGACAGCAGGAAUAUACGUUACACCCAACGAAAUCAAGAAAAAGCUCGUACCUACAGCUGGGCUCAGAACCCAGGUGUCGAACACAACUAUUCAGGACCAGGAGGUCCACUGUAUGGUCGCCUCUGUUACAGCAGCCACACAUUACCGGUGCUUCGGCGCACACCAGGUGGAACAUUUGAGCCAGGCCUGGCAGAAAUAGGAUACCGCUUUCCUGCAGGCCAUCCAGACCACUCUCUGGUCAUCCAGAACCAGGGGGCCAUGGUGGGGCCAAUGGAAUCUGGGGCGGUGUAUAUAACCCCAACGGACCUCAGCACAGGAAGCCGAACAGGAAGUCGAACGGGAAGCCGUGAUGGUACUGCACCCCAUAGUGGCACAUCAGAUGGAGGUACACCAAGGACCAGCGACAGCCAGGACAGAGGAGGGGGUACAGGAACUGCCAGCAACUGUACAGAGGGAAGCAAUGAGGACAAAGGGAACCAUAGUCAAGAUGUGGACUGGGUGCAGUCGGAAACAUUACCCAGGGAGCACAACCUCGUCAUGACCCGAUCUGGCUCCCUGAUGGGCCCGGGUCACAGUAGCGGAGGCUGGGUUUGCGACUCAGCUACCCUCCCUUUGGCCGGACGCAGGGCCUCCCGCUCCGGCUUGUCCCCGAAACACACGGGCUCUGUGCAGGCCGAAUCUGACUCCGGUGGAGGAGGAGGAGGAGGCGCUGGUGGAGGGGGGAGUGGAAAUGGGGGCACCUCCACAGACGGACAACCUGCCAGUAGACGCAACUACGCCACUGUCCAGCAUGGAGAGGUGUCUGGACACGGGGACUACCCAGGCAGCUUGGGGAGAGGAGGACUGGAGAUGGGGAGCAACUUUGUGGUGGCUAGGCCAGACAGGGAGGGCGGGGGGAUAUCAUCGGUCUACCCUGAAGCAGCUGGCUUUAUCGGAGACUGGCGUGAUCGGAUGGGUCUGGGUGGGUAUGUUUUGGGCAGGAGGGAUAUCAGCCCCCAGUUGUUUCCCUUCCAUGGGCAGCAUCAGGGGGCCUACGGAGGAGUGAUGGGCUUUGGAGCCAGCUGGGUCCCUGGGAUGGAGGCAGCAAGAGGAGCACACGGGCCCGGGGGUCCCUCUUUGGCACUGAGGGUGGGUGAGUUCCUCCGCCUGCGUCUCGCCCAGGUCACUUUUGACCCUUCGCAGCCGCCGUACGACUCUGUGCAGGUGUACGGCCUGGAGGGCACAGGGUCCCGGGCUGGAUCUCUCAGCUCCCUGGAAGUGAAGGAGAAAAGGAUACGGAGAAGGAGGAGUGGGGGGCAGGGCUGGAGGAGUGGGGUCCACAAUUCCAGAAGUUAGCCCACCUUUUUAAAGAAAGAGAGAAAGAAAAGGAUGAGAAGGAAAACGUUGAAGACGGGGCCGUAAAAGGGAAGGAAAAGAAGAAAGAGAAGGAAAAGAAAGACACAAAAGAGGGAAGAGAGAGGGCUGCAGAUGAGGAAAAAGAUUGAGGGAGGAUAAAAAUGAAACAAAUAGGGGCAAAAGGGGGCAAAAGAGGAAGGGGGAAAAUGGGAGGAUGAUGAAAAGGCAACCAGAGCUCGAAUAAUGCGAAGAGAAGUUAAAGGAGAGAAAGAUGAAGAGGCAAAGUAAUAAAAAGAGACAGAGAAAAAUGAGCCUGGGGAGGGUGGAGAAGGCGAGGGCAGGGGAGGGAGUGAUUGAUGUAAUUUAAAGCAAUAAGUGUUGAAACGCUGAUAUGGUUGAGCACAGAUACUGAGACACUGCAGAGGCUGCUUCUGCUCGGGGCAGCAACAAUUUGUUAAAUGCUUUGGACAAAGAAAAACAACCCAAACAUCCAGGACUCGGUUUAAUUCAGCUCUCACGUAUGGAAUAAGAAACAGUGGGAAACAAGAAGAGAGACGUUUCAGGGCGUGUGUGUUUGGUCUGCUGCCUCCUGUGUCUGCACGUGUGUUUGUGUGCGAGAGAAGUGUGUGACGGAUGAUUGAAGUGCAUAGACGCACAUGUAUGCAAGAGUGUAUGUGUGUGCACAUUGAACAAAGGCAGAGAAUGGAGAAAUAAUUAUACUAAGAGGCAAGAUGGAGACGAGACUGAUGACAACAAAAGCUGCAACAUUACUUUUCGGGACAAUGUGCAAAAGUGAACACAAAAAAAAUAAGUUAAGAAAGUAGGAUAACACACAGGGGAUUUAAUAUAUAUUUGAGUACAAAGUAAACAAGAGGGCGAUGGAUGAGAUGGGAUGGAGAGAAAAACGGCCAGGAAAGUUAAGACGAUUGUACAGAAACGGUUACUUUUUUAUUCCAUCUGCAGUGGCAGAAGAGUGAAUUAUUCAGCUCACUACUUCAUUCCAAAUGAAAAUGAUGAAUCAUUUAAAUCCUCCAAAAGAUCGUCCCUCCUCUCAGCUCACAAGGAAAACAGACAUGGUGAAAAAUUUAAGUCAUUUUUGGGGUGUGAUCCCUCGCUCAUCCCCCCGGCUUUUUGUAGUUGAGUGUUGUUAUGUUUACAGAGAUUUGCACACAAACACACACAGACAAAAAAAAGACACCACAAGGCUUUGAUUGUACUAAAGUGAAAUAUAAAAGCAACACCAUCCACAAGUAUUCCAUCUACUCUAUGGAGUAAUGACGCCUCUAUAAUUAAUCAUUUAAAUGUUUUUACAGAAAGUCUCCUAUUUUGUAUUCCCCCUGUAGUCGCACUAGUCACACCUUGAAAAUAAAGUAUGCAUGGUUUUCUGAAAGUUACAAAAAUACUUAAAAAAAAAAGGUAAUCAAUUCCACUCAAACAAUCAUUCUGCCCAAAUGAAAACCCCCAUAGAUCUGUGAUGAAACGAUAGUGGAACAAAACCACAGAGACUCCUGCGACGGGCUUUUUUGUUCUUUCAAAAGGUCAGGAUGCAAAUGAGCUGGAGUUUUCAGCUGGAAUGCACUUUUAUACUGUGUGAUGUUCAAUAAUAGAUUAUGAAUCGUGUCAAAGAUUACAUUUGUUUUAUAAGAUGUCAGUUAAAGAAAACGAUACAUUGUUUGACUGUAUGUAAAAUCAUUUCAGAUGUAAAUACCACUAGAUAUUAUUGCUAAAAGAGAGUAUAUAAAAGAAAAACUAGUAAAAAAAGAAGAAGUUGAAUUUAUAUGUCCAAAAGGAGCAAUGUUGGGAUUAUCUGUAUGUACUGUAGAUUAGAAAUGGAUUUACUGAGCUGGACUGAACAGCCUUCUGGGCUGAAAACAACACCAUGUAUUCAACAUCUGUGUAUUAAUGAGCAGGUUGGGGCUUGUUUUGUGGUUGCUCUUGUCUGAGAUGGACAAGCCAAGGAUUCAAUUAUACAUGUGGCCUCUGGCAGAUGGUUGUUGUGCACUGUAUUAGUUACAGAAAGCCUCAGAAUUUGCUCGCCCCAGCGAGGAACCAAUUUGAUGAAAAUCCAGUAGAGUGAGGAGAAAUUCCCCUUUAGGCAUACAACAAAAAUUCAUUGUUUUCCCUAAAAUCUUGAUUAUUAUUCUGCAAAAGUAGAAAUAUACACUAAAAUGGAAUCGGUAAUAAGUCUCAAGGAAAGCUUUGUCAUUAGUGUUGCUCUGCCUGGGAGAUAUGAAACUUGAAAGUUUUGUAGAUAGUUACUUAUCUCUACAAAUAUAAUAGAGUGUAGAUAUAAGAGUACGAUUUUUAAUGAGCAGGAGAAAAUGACUGUUCAUUUUCUUUAAUCUUUCAUGUCUUUCAGGAAAUGCAACUCAAUGACCAUACUAAUAUUCCUUUGCUUUACCCUGCCUACUGCACAUAUUUUAAUUUUGAAAAGGUUCUAAUUUGUGAAAUAAUGAUCAAAUUUAACACAUUUUGCAGAAACUGUUUUAUUUGAGUCCAGAGGGAAAUUUCUCCACAUGUCCUGACCUGAAUGUGGAUGUCUUUGGUGUACCAUCACAGAAAUGUCACCUUUUAUUACCGGAUCACUGUAAAGCCACCCACAUAAGUCAAGCUGCCAGCUUUGCUAGUGUCCACCAGUUUGGUCCACCAUAAUCUUGUUGUCAAGGUCUACUGUCAGCACUUACUUAACCAAUCUGGAGGUCAAAAAGGAAACCCAUACCCACCUCUGUACCCUUUACCUGAGCCACAGACUCGUCCAUACAGUGCCACUGUGCAGACUGGAUGGUGUCCGGUCCGAUGUACAAAUAUCGCACAAUGACCACAAGAGUGGGGGGUGCAGAACCUUUGGGGCAAUCUGAGAUUUAGUUAUGUUUGGCUUAUCAACAAUACAUCAGCAUCCUGAAGCCGCUUCAAACUUUAAUCAGCUGUGUUACCAUUUAAUCCAAAGUGAUUUAUAUAUGAGCUAUGAGACCCUUCAAAGUGUUUACUCGAGGACAACAUUAAAGAUCAUUCUGUUUUUCUUUUCUUACUUGGGUAUAUUCUAAAUUGUUGGUGUUGUUUCUAUCAGUAGAAGUAUUGUUGGUAACUGUAACUGCUGUGACCUGGGACUAGGGUUGCCAUGAUACCAUAUUUUUAAACUUUGAUUGUAAGAAAAAAAAUCACAUGAUAGUUAUACCUGUUUUGAUACCACGACAACCAAAGUCUAAGUCCAAUACACCAAAAUAUGUCAGGCAAAAUCUUGCACACUGUCCUAGUUUAACAAAUACAUUGGUAACAUUUUGGUAGUGAACCAUUUCCAAUGUAAUUGUUCAAUUAAGACAGUGCACUCUCACUAGGUUAAAAAAUAUGACUGAAAUCUGUAUUUCAUCAAAGCUUCAGAACUUUCCAAUACUAUUAAUCAUCCAAAUAACAGAGAAUGUUUCAUUUUUAAAACAUUUUUGAAACAUGGCUCAAUGGAAAUCUGACGAGAUUAAAAAAGUUUUUUGGUCUUAACCCUUAAGGUACUUGGACAUAUGUUGAAGAUAAAACAAAGGCGACAUUUAAAAAUAGAGUGGUCACAUGUAUUACUAAGGUUUCUUGAGAUUGUUUCAAACUUUUUGAUCCCAUUUGUACCUAGUCAUUUCAUGUGCUUUGAGUAAAUCAAUGCUUUUGGUUAAAAAAAUCGACUGAAAUUCAAUAGCUUCAAAUUUAAGUUAACUGCUAUAAAGAUGCUAUUUUGUCUACCUCUUGAGAAAUGUAGACUACUUAAUGUUUCUCCAUAAGUAGGCCUAUUCCAGUGCUCUGGCAUUUAUUAGACUCAAGUCCCUUUUCUUUCUAGAGUUUUUGGUAAGUUGACAGUUGCUUGCUAGCUAAGUAGCUCAGUUGUUAGCUUGCGAGAUGUGCUAGCUCUUAGACCGUCUCUAUAGUCUUCAAGUACAAAGUUACUUAAAAAAAAGACACCCAAUCACAAUUAGGCUAACAGCUGUUAGCUAGCUAGAGAAGCUGUCACUGUUAUAACUUAAUAGUGCAAGUUUUGUUCCAAGUUUUUUUGCGCUGAAUAACUAAACACCUCUGAAUUACUGAAGACUGAAGCUGUUUACCGCCUCUAAUGAGAUAAUAUGACAUUAAAAAACAAUUAACAUGACACGUCUACCUUUAGCUAUUGGGGUAAAUAGAAACAUUUUGUGUGAGGUUGUCUAGCUUUUGUCUUCCUUUCCCAAUUGACAUUGUUGUAGCAAGGUUGCCAAGUCCCUGUUCUCAGCAAUGUACAAUGUCAUCUUAACUGAUAAAAAACGAUGAUCUAAAAAUACAAGAGCUGACCUGAAAUAAACCUGUGUUAUCCUUUACACCUCAUUUAAUUGCAGUAAAAUGUCAAACCACAAUAUGGGACAGAGUGAAUUAAUGUCACUAAUGAUAAUUGCCCUGGUACACCUAGAAAGACUGCCAAAGAACUUGGACCCAUUCUGUUUUGAGGGUAAGGAUUGUUGUUGUUAAGAGUACUAAUGUGUUUCUUUGCCAAUUCAUCAUUCAGGCAAUGUUUUCUCAGCAUUUAAGAAAGACGUGCCAGCUUUCUGAGUCCCUCUGUCUCCAAACAAACAAAAAACACUUUCCUCAUUUUCACAACAGUUAUGCCAGUUCCGUGGCAGCCAUUACUAAAGUAAUUAUAUUUGGUAUACCAGUAAGUGACCUCUCACAUUCUAAUUACAUGGUUCACUCUUGCGUCUUGAUUGGCUCCAGGUGUCUCAUCUCUGCUGAUUCAUCUAAAUCAAAUUUCUGCUCCUGCUGAUUGGUCAAAAUCAAAGUGAUGAUUCUCUUGAUUUGUCUUAUUUCAGAGUUCUGGAGAGCUGUGCUGACUAAACCACUUGACGGAGCUGAUUAUUGCACCUCCUGAGCCCGGAAAAUUGGUUCAUUCAAAAGCGUGAUUAGUUGAAUCAGUUGUUUUAAAUGGAAUAAAAGUCUGCAGUCUCGGCUGCUCACCACAGCUCUUUAAGUCGUUAGUCUACUUUAGAUACACCAAGCCACAGUGGCAGGUGAAAGCGGUGCUGUCGGGCCAUUUGUCAAGUCAUCUGUCCCAAAACAAAUAAAACCUUAUAUACUGAGGAUGGAGAAGACACAAUCAGAGGAUAGGGGAAGGUGUUUUUGCAUCAAAAUAUGUUAAUACAAAGGAUGCAGGCUGAAGGUUCAAAGUAAUUGCUUUUACCUUUAGAGUCCCCAAACAGGUAGACCCCAUUGGUUCUGCACCCCCAAAGGGACUUCAUUGCUCCUGCACGAUGUUGAUACAAUUUCACAAUUGCGUGCUGAACAAAGUGUAUUUAUUUCUGUUGUACUUUUCUUUUUGUAAAUUUGAAUAAAAAAGGAACUAUUUCAAAAAGUGA